AUGGGUAAAGACUUUUUGUAUGUGUGCAGCUCGGAACUGGACGUUGCACUGAGGAUUCGGGUGGUGUCCUUGUUUGGACAUGUACAAAAGCAUGACACAUAUUCUGGUGAAAUGUUCCUCAAAUUGACUGUGAGUUCAGCUAUGUUACUGUGGGGUUAGAGUUUUUAAAAUGGAGUUUUGGGUGGUACCGGAUACUAUUUUUGUAACAGUUUGAUACUGGAGAAUAUAUAUGGUUGUUCAAAUAGUUAUGUGCUCUAAUUCAGAAAAUUAAUUUUAAGAGGGGGCACAGAAUUAUGUGAAUAACUUAAUGUUAUAGUAGUUUUAUAUUUUCGUACCUCGAGUUGUAUUGCUUUAGUUAUACUGCAAUCAACGAAAAGUGGGCCGAGAAGUAUGUACGGCCUAUAAAGCUGCCCCAGCUCAAGGCUCAAACAACCGUGAGCUUCAGCGCUGGAACGAAUGGAUUCAACUGCCUUUAACCUACUCCGAACUACCUCGAGACGCUUUAAUUCAUUUAACUUUGUGGGAUGUGGGAAACGAUGUGGAGCCGUUCUUCAUAGCACAAGCUUCCAAGUAUUUGUUUAGUAAACGAGGAGUACUGAGGGAUGGUCAGUUCGAUGUGCGGUUGCAGAGUAAGUUUACUGUUAAUGUUAAAGAGCACGUUGAGGAGAAAAGGGGAGCUUAUGGUUUAUUUUUUAUAUUGUAUUAGUUAUUGGGCUGAGCGAUGGGUAGGUUGCUCAUGGAGUAGAAGGACGAGCAAAAGAUUUGUUUAUUUAUCUAUUUUAUAGCAAGAUGCAAAGAUUUUAGGAAAAUAAGUUUUAAUUUUCAGAAGCCCAACCAAAGGAAACGCCAGAGCCAAAGUUUGACGAGUCUUCAGAUGCCUCUAAGUUGCCAAAGACAAGCGGAAUCCGCGAAUAUAUUAAAAAAGAGAAGAUGUACAAACAAAAUUAUAUUGAUAGAGUCGACUGGCUGGACCAGUUCACUUUCAGCAAGUUGGAACAGAUCAAGGAAGAGGUAUAGUAUUAUCGAAAAAUUUUUGAAAAUUUUUGAAUUUUUGUGAAAUUUUAGUCUUUGUGGGAUUUUUUAAGGGCUUAAAAGUUUUGAAAAUGUGUAUUUAGGGUAGGAUUAGUCAUAAAAAUGCAUUUUUGAAAAAAUUUAAAAUUUAAAAAAAAAUUUGAAAUUUUGUAUUUUUGUGAAAAGUUGACUUCAAAACGGCCAAAAAGUUUUAAAAAGGCGAUUUUAGGGCAAGUUGAGUUAUAAAAAUGCAUUUUUAAAAUUUUUCAAAUUUGAAAAAAAAAUUAAAUUUCGAAAAGUUUGAAAUUUUUUGAAAUAUUUUUGAAAAAAUUGAAUUUCCCAAACCUUCAGGGCAAAAUAAUAAACGUUCUUAUUCUAGGCCAGAGUAGAAGACCGUGCUCUGUACAUAUCAUUGGAAAUGGCGACAGUUUAUGGUCACGAUGGUAUAACCCCAUUUCAAGUCAUUUACUACGUGCCAGACACUCAAAACGAAGGAAUUCUGAAGAAAAUCCGAGGAAAAGUGGAUCCAGAGCUGGGAAUGGAGAAUCUCUGCGAAACCAAACAUCACAUGUUGACUAGGAAUGCUCGUGCUGGUGAUAUUGACAAGAGGCUACAGCCAAACGCCAUGAUCAAGGACAUGUUGGAGAGCAUUAUUAGGGUAGGAGGAAGUUGGGGGUAGUGUGGGGGUUUCAGGGGUAGAUUAAAGACCGUGGUAGGGUAUUGUAGAGCAGGGUAAAUUAAAAAUAAGGUAGGACCAGGGACGUCGUUUGGGGGAGGGGGGGGUACCCCUCCCCAGAGCCGAUCCGAAAAAAAUUGCACAGGUAGGUACCUGUACGCGAAAAAACUAAAAAAAAAUUUUUUUGAAAAAUCGGUUUACAGAUUUUUUUUCGACUUCCCCCUACCCCAGAGAAAAUCCGUAGCGACGUCCCUGGGUAGGACACAUUAGUUUACGGUAGGGUAUGGUAGGGUAAUGUAAGUUAGGGUAUAGUAGAGUAGGGAAGUGUAGUAUAGGCUAGACUACAGCAGUUAGUUAUUGUAAGGUAGGGACUGGUAGUGUAUUUUUAAACAUUUUAAAAAUAGUUUUGGUUAAAAUACGCCGAUUUUAAUGCGCUUUGACUAAGAAAACGGCAUUUUCUUAUGGUUACAAAGUAAAAUAAUCAAGUUUAACAAGAAGAAUUUAAAAUUUUUAAAUAUUUUAGAUGCCAAGUUCCCAGCCGAUCACAAUCGAAGAAAGAGAUAUAAUUUGGAAGUUUAGGUUCUGGCUUAAAAACAACCCUCAUGCUCUGACAAAGUUUGCACGAUCUGUCAAUUGGGACGAAGGUUUGGAAGUGAAACAAGCGAUCGAGGUGUUGAGGUAAGAAGAUGGGAUUUUGGAAAAUGAAAAGUCAAAAAUGUGAAAAAUAAUGAAGUUUUGGAAGAGUUGGAACUAGAGCUGAAAGAGGGCUCACUAGGCCCGGCCGAGACAAAUUUGAAAAAGGCCAAGCUGUGUCGGCACAUGUAGACCCGAAGGCCGCAGCUUAAAACAAAAGCCCACUAGGCCAGUUUAGGUCUCGCACCGAAAGACUUGCGAAAAUUUUAAAAGUGAAAACUGUUAAAUUAGUGGUUAUUUUGGGCACAAAAGCAGUACGGCACAAGUUGUUCUAGUUAUUAUUUCAGUGAAUUCCUCCUAAAAGUUGAGCUUGGUCCCUUUACAUGUACUUUUAUACGAUUUUUUCAUAGAAAGGCGUAAAUUUCAGAAUUUUUUUUGCGUUUUUUACUUUUUUGAUUUUAAGCUACAGUAAAAUUGUUAUUUUGAACAAUUUUUAAAAAAUUUCAACUUACUUGUUAAAUUAUACCUAAUUUUCAGUGACUGGGCCCCCAAUAGACGCAUGUGAUGCUCUCGAACUGCUGGGACCUUCUUUUACCCAUCCAUUUGUGCGACGAUAUGCCGUAUCGAGGCUUCAGAACACUCCACCGUCAAUUCUGUUACUAUACCUACCACAAUUGGUGCAGUCAAUUCGAUACGAAGCUCAUGUGAAUAUGGACAUGAAGAAGUCAAUGGAAUGUGUUAAUGUAGGUUUGUAGUCUAUUUGUGGGCUGGCAGGGAAAGAUUUUGGGGUGGGUAAGGAAGGACGUUUGGGUGUGUAAGGGAAGAUUUUCGGGCGGAUAAGGGAGGAUCCUGGUGGUGGGUAGGGGAGGAUACUGGGGGUGGGUAAGGGAGUUUUUUGGGGUGUGAGGGGGUUUUCGUGUUUUCGGAGGAGGGGGGGAGGGUAAUUGCGUGAGCGUGGGUGCUGUGUAGAUAAGAAAACGGGCUUUUAUAGAAGGGAUUAGUUAGGGGGGGGGGAAGCAUUGUUACUGAUUUUUAGGGCGGGGUAAUAAAAAAAAUUUUGGGUGGGGGGAGGUGCUGCGAUAAUUUUGUUUUAGCGAGUCUUAAAAUUCAAAAAAAAUCUAAAAUACGACUAUUUAAAGCGAGUAUGUAUAAAAUUCGAAGUAUGACAAUACUUUUUCAGGCCGAUGGAGGAGAAGACCCCCUUGAACUGUCCGAUGCCAACUUGUCAGAUCAAAAGAGCAGUGCUUUGGAGUUGUAUCUGGGCAGAAGUGAGGACAUGGUAACAUACCUGAUUAACCAAGCUUGUCAACAUGCGGUCAUUGCCAACUUUUUGUAUUGGUAAGGUUGGAUUUUGAAAAAGUUGAAUUUUGAAAAAUUAAAAAAAUUGAAAUUUUGAAAAAAAUUUUGAAAUUUCGAAAUUUUUUUUUGAAUUUAAAAAAAAUUUUUUAUUUUGAAAAAAAGUAUUUUUAGACAGUUUUAACACAUUUUGAAGCAAUAUAGUGUCUUAGCUUAAGACAAUUGAAUUGUCAUCAUUUUAGGUACCUAAAAGUCGAAGUUGAAGCCAACGAAACCACAGACCCAUACAUGUCAAACUACUACACAGUAAUGCUAGAAAGACUCCUAACAUCACUUCAAAAUGGCUCUUCGUUAGCCAAAAUGUCACGUCAGAACAUUAUGAGUCAAAGAACGUUGGUGGACGCGCUAAAACAAAUCUCAAAGGAAGUCCAAAGUGAGGGUGGCAAUCGACAGAAGAAGCUGGACUUUUUGAAAAGAAAGCUGGCACAUUCACCAGAAUUAAUGGAUCUAAAGGGUCUUCCACUCCCGUUGGAUCCGACUAUUCAGGUAUGAGGUUAUAGGAUAGGGUAUUGGUGGAGAAAAUUGUGAUAGAAGGGAUCAAAGUUUAUAUUGUAGUAGGCAACAUCACUAGUGAUCGGUACAACAUGUCACUGAAGCUGUUAGUGAUUUAUGAAGAAAUAGAAAGCCAAAACUUGUACCAAUGAUGGUUGUAAGAUUAGUUUUUAAAAAUUUUUUGGAAGAAAAGUUACAGUAACUUAUAGAUUAUGUUGUAGUAGGCAAUGGUACUAUGAGUUAAUGUAAAACACUAACUAAGUUGAGACUGCUGGUCAAUAUAGAAUUGAAGAGCAGCAAAAUGUAUAUUAUGUGGCGUCAAAAUCAGCUAGUAAUAAUUUCUUGAAAAACGUUACAGCAAUUUGUAUUAAGCUUGUCUACUACAAUAUAAACUUUGAAAAGCUGUAGCUUUUUUUCUAGACGUUUUUGGCUGAUUAUUUUAUUGUUAUAUAAUGUACAAUUUUGUGCUUGUUAUUUGUGUUUUGAUUAUUAGAAAUAACUAUAUGACAAUAAUGUAGUAAUCUUUACUAAAGACGUCUACUACAAUAUAAAAUUCGAAAAACUGUAACUUUUUCUCUAGACAUUUUUGGCUGAUUAUUUUAUUGUUAUAUAACGUAGGGUCUUGUUCUCUUUAUUUGUGUUUUGUUUACUAGCAAUAGCCCGACGACAAUAUUCUACUAUUCUUUACUAAAGACGCCUACUCCAAUAUAAUUGAAAUCAAAACUUUUAAAAAUUCAAAUUGAAAUUCCAGGUAAAAAACGUUCAACCAGAAACGACAGUACUAUUCGCAUCGAAGUUAAUGCCAAUGAGGCUGACCUUCUCGACAGUACGUGGCUUCUCACCUCCAUACGAAUGUGGCGAAGCAUACAUGACAAUAUUCAAAAGAGGUGAUGACUUAAGACAAGAUCAGCUAGUGUUACAGAUGAUAAAGCUGAUGGAUAAUUUGUGGAAAGAUGAGAAGCUGGACCUUUGCCUAACACCAUAUGCUGUCCUGGCAACAUCAGUAUCGGAUGGAUUUGUACAGUUUGUCAAGGCAACACCUAUCGCUGACCUGAGGAAUAUACAGGUGGGAAUGAGUGAUUUCAAUAUUUUUUUGCCAUUUUUAAUGCUAUGAGCAUUUAUUUUUAACUUUUCUAGGACACACUCCGGCAGUACCGACCAUCAGCUACCGGCCCAUACGGUAUAGAAGCGGCCGUAAUGGAGAACUAUGUCAGGUCAUGCGCCGGCUACUCCAUCAUUUGCUAUGUGUUGGGCAUCGGAGAUCGUCACAUGCACAAUCUGUUGUUGCGAGAGAAUGGCAGGAUGUUUCACGUUGAUUUUGGCUACAUUUUGGGCCGUGAUCCGAAGCCAAUGCCACCUCUGAUCAAACUGACAACUGAAAUGGUCAAUUGUAUGGGUGGGCAAGAAAGGUGGGUGAUAGAGCUUUUGGAUGGUUUUCGGGGCCUAAGAUGUGGUUUAUUGUUCAGGGAGGGCAGGGUAGAGUAGGGCAGGGAAUAGUAGGAUAGGGUAAUUUUUGUUUGUGGAGGGGUAAUUUUAGGUCUGGACGGGAGAUUUUAACUUUGGUAGAAUGAGUUGGGCACGUUUUUUCACCUUGUUUUGGUCUUUCUAAUUCACUAAUCAGCAUGAAAAGGAAAGGAGGUGAACAUAUUUUUGAGACUUUUGAAGUGGAAAACGGGUUUUUUUGCUUUAUUUUAUCCUUUUGAAUUCAAAAAUAGGCUUGAAAUACAGUAAAUUUAACAGAAAUUUAAUUUUUUGUUUUUCUUUUAAAAAAUUUUGCUGUUGUUGUCUACAAAAACACUUUUUUUACCUUAAUUCUACCCCUUUGAACCCCACUAAUCAGCCCCAAAAGGAAAGGGUUCGAAAAGGGAAGAGAGAGAGUUGUGUACGCCCAUAGCCCGUUGAACGCACGCCAUCCCGUCCGAUCUGGCAAGUUAAGCAACGGUGCGCUUGAUUAGUACUUGGAUCGGAGACGUCCUUGGAAUCUCAAGUGGCGUACGCAUUUUUGCCAAUCUAUGUUACUUUUUUUGGUGUCGACUGUAGACGAGCGUCUUUUUAUAUUGUUUUAGGGGUUUUUCGAGUAAUAUUUUUGAAGUCAUAGAUAGAAAGAAGCUUGUUUUUUGUUGUUUUAGGGGUAUUUUUGAAAAUAUUUACAAUUUUUAAGGUUAAAAAGGGUAUUUUUCGUAAUACAUUUAUAACUUUUAAGUAUUAUUUUUAUUUUUAAAAUAAAAAAAAAGGAUUUUAGGUAGAUAUUUGGUUUUUAAGAUUGUUUAUUGUUUUGUUGUAGGCUUUAACUAGAGUUUUAUGAUCAUUUUAAGUCUUAACUUUGAUUUUUAUAUAUAUUUUAUUGAUUACAGACUUAUAUAUGAAUUAUAUUUUUAGUGUCCACUUCAAAAGGUUCAUCGAUUACUGUACGACAGCAUUUUGUAUCAUCCGCCGACACGCCAACCUUAUCAUCAACUUGUUCUCUCUUAUGUUAGAUGCAGGUAUCCCUGAUGUUGCGGUAGAGAAGGACAAAGCUGUUCAAACCAUCUUGGAACGAUUCCAUUUACAAUUGACAGAUGAAGAAGCGUACAAAGAGAUUACACGCAUCAUAUACACAUCAUUAUCGGCCAAGAUACCUAUCAUCGCGGACUUUGUUCACGAUGUAAAACAAUAUAUAGUCAAUUGA